AAGGAGUUUGUUCAAUCAGCUUGAUUUAGCCGGAAAUGAUUGAAUUUGAAUGUGUUAUAAGAGUAGGAAACUCCACAUCUUCCGGAUGUUUAAGAUUUCCGGGUCUCGUCUACUGAAACAACAACUGAAGCAAAACCCUUAGGACUGGUAACUAGCCAGCUUAUUGUUAUGCUAAAAUGGAGGAUACCUCGAGCGAACCCGGAUUUCCCUAAAAUAUGAGAUUUAACCAAAAGGAACUCGCUUUUAUUGCUACAAGAACAGACAUUCCCUUUGACAAGGAAGAUGUAUUGUGGUUGAAGGAGAAAGAAGGCCAUUUCUGGCAAAGGAACGAAGUUUAUACAGAAAGAUGGUUUCGCCUCAGAGGAAAUCUGCUGUUCUACUUCAAGACAAAAGACAAGACCUCUGACCCUGUUGGUGCUAUAGUGCUUGAACGGUGCCAAGUGUUAAAAGACUCACCAACUCAGAAGAAGCAUGGAUUCACAAUUGUGUUUGAUGAAGAUGACACCCAGAGGUAUCAUCUCAGAGGAAACUCAACCAAAGAUACAGAAGAAUGGAUGGAAAAGAUAAAAAAUGCCAGUUAUGAAAGUUUAAGAAGCAAGCUUCUUAGCUUGAGGAAACAGCUGAUGGAGAUUACUGGAAAGGAUCCACUUCCAGAUUUUCAUCCUCUAGCCCAACAAGAGCCCCUCAAGCCUGGCAUUGGUCAAUACUCAUCUACAAGUACAGCAGAUGCUGAUGAAACUCCUUUCUUGGAAAUGUGUAUUGCUUGUCAUCAGCUGAUUAGUUCAGAGGAAGGACAACUGCCAAAUGCCUUUGUUGAAAUUAGAACCAUGACCCCACCCUCAACAUCUUGGAGUAAACAUGCACAGACUGAAAUAAUUGAGCAAAAAAUUGACCCAUAUUUUCUGACAACUGUGGUGUUCCCUGAGGGAACAGUGAAUGAGAUGACUCGUUUAAAAUUAGCGGUGUUUGAUGUCAGAGACAGAGAAAAAGAAGAGAUGUCCUUGUUGGGCCAAGCAAUGUGCACAAUGGGAGACAUUUUAACAUCAGUUGAUCAGAAAUUGCUCUUAACUUUGACUCCUCUUGAUUCACCUGAUGCCUGUGGAACUGUCACAGUACUCGGAUGGAAGGUGGAUGGUCGUAAAUCAUCAAAAAGAAUUUCUCAAAUUGAGAAGGAGGAUGAUGUGGGAACUAGGAAAAAUAGCGGAAGAUCUAUGGCGAUGGUGGAACACAUUCAGAAAAGGAGUUACAGAUUCCCAACCACGAUGCGAGGUGUUGUUCUCAAAGUGGUGGAAAUGAUGGGAGAGAGCGUCCUCACUUUUAAAAUACCAAUUCAGCUGUUGAAAAUGUAUAUCGCAGAGGAGCAGCAGAAGAUUCUUGAGCUUCACCACCUGGGAGAUUUGAAUCCUAACUGGGAAAAUGCUCGGCAAGAGAUCCUUGACAAUCAUUUCAAGCUCAUCUGUGCUUACAAAGGCAAUCUUCAAGAACUUGUUCCUUUACAAGGUACAUUUUUUAAGCCUGCGAGACUCAGAAAUGAUAAGAAACUGGCUUUUAUUCCAAUUAAUCUGCACAUUCAGCGAAUGAAGGUUAUGCAAGACAAUGAGGGAGGGACAUUGUAUGACAUGGUCACCGUCGGUGCUCCAGCUGCUCAUACGCUUAAAUUUGGCCAGGGAGGACUAAGGCGACUGUACACGACACUUAGGAAGGCACAACAGAGUGGUGGGGAGAGUGAAAACAAAGCUCCAGUGGUGAAACAGCUUAGAGUUAAUUUGGAAAAAUUUAAGUCACAACUGAGCCAACAUUGUGAAAAUGUCAAGAAGGCCAUCAGAUCGGGAGAUGUGACAAAUCUGUUGGAAACCAUGUCGCGUCUUUCAGACAAGGCAACGCAGUUAUUGAAAUUUCGUGAAGCCCCUUUGGUGGUAGAAUCAUUAGCGUCGCUUGAGAAAGCUGUGCCUUCUCCUAAAGAGGAAGAUUCGCCUACAGACGGAGAUAAUUUCUGGAAUGUUCAGAUAUUUACCAAACCUAGUGCUAAGUGCCAGGAACUGUCUACUCUCGUCAAUCAGAGCCUCGUCAUGAUGCAGAGUCACAUGGAAAGUAUGGUUCAGAAUGCUCGGCCACCUGAAGGAAAAUCUUGGGUGGAAGUGAUUUUAUCUGAGGUGCAUGACUUUUCCAGAGCUGUAGACGGUCUAGUGAAGGAAAUCUAUCUGGGAAUGAUAUUCCUUCAGUUACAGGAAGAAGCCAAACACGCCUCUCUACUGUACGAAAUUCGAAGAAGGCAGGACAUUGUUUUCUCUCACGCAGUCACGGCUUUGGUGGCUGGGUUUGUUUGUAAACUUCACACAUCAUUCUCCAACGCUGUGUAUCUAAAGCAACUUGUUCAGAUUGGGUUUCUGGCACAUUUUGAGAGCCUUCUUACCACAAACGGGGAUGAAAUGGGAAUGCUGGAAGACGUGUGUGUGAGCAUAAGUAACCUAACGUGCGUCAAAUUUAAGUUCAAACUGUGUGACAGAGAAGAUGAAAUCCCAACUUUAAGUGGGAACAGGUCUUAUAUUCAAGUGAACGUGUCACUUCCGCCUGUCCACUUCCGGAGGCUGCCACGUGACUUACAGGAAGGUCGUUUAGUCAAGGUCAUUCCAGUGCUCUUUACACAAGGCAUCAAUGAACACGCUACAUUGGCUGAAAGAUUUGGAGAUACCAGUCUACAAGAAAAGAUCAAUGGUGAUAACUAUAGUAUCCUAAAUUUUUACCUUGAACAGUUCAAAGACAAGUUUCCCGACGCAAUUGCCUCCAGAAGGGAAGGUGAUCAUAGUGUGGAGCAGCUAAUGAAGUCCUUGAAAUCAAACAUUGAAAGCAGACGAGGGAAGAAUGUGGACAUUCUCCUCAUCAGCGAAGAGAUUUGUUGGAGGUUGAACGGAUGCCGUUUCAUGAGUUGUAAAAGCGCAAAAGACCGAACAGGAAUGGGAAUCACUUUGGAGCAGUGCAUGAUCCUCAAACGGGAACACAACAUGGACUCACAGUUUUUCCAGCAGGCCUUAGACGCCAUGAGAAGUGAAGGGACGAGACGAGAGAAUACAUUCAAGAACACUGGAAUACGAAGAUAUGCCUUCAAUUCGUGGCAAGUCAUGGCUUUGCCCAAACUCUAUCGACCCCCUGACGGUACUUACGGAAAAAAUGUUCAGACUUGAUAACAAGAAAGUGGAAAACAAGUCAUGAGGAAAAAAA